UCUCUCUCUCUCUUUCUCUCUUUAUUAAAUCAGUAUUUCAAAAUUGUUAACAACAUUAAAUUAUACACAUUCUGUGUGUUGUUUGUGUGUUUUAAAGUUUAAUGUGCGAAGAAGAAUGUGUUAGAAAUUCAUGGAGUUAGCAAAUCUAAUUAAAUAUAAAAAUGAUCGCAGUAUUAAUUGUUAUUUAUAUACAUGGUUCAUUAGCACUAGAAGGAAGCGAAGUUCUAAAAAAUCUAGGAAAAAAACAGUACACAUUGUUAACAACUAAAUCAUCUUUAUCACAACAUGGAUUAUGUUGGUAUAAUGCACUUAAAUCAAUAAAAAAUAGUUGUGAAAAUUUAAAUGAUAAUGAACAUUCUCUCUUAGCUUUAAAAUUAGCUAAUUGUUUUUUAGAAGAUUCUGGUCAUACCUCUUACGAUUGUCAUUUGAGUGUAUCAGAAGAUAUUCGAAAAGAGUGUAUUAAUCAAAUGUCAGAUAGAGCAUUCAAUGUAUAUAAUGAAUUUUAUACACAUACAACACAUAUUUGUUUUUUUUUAAAUUAUGAAGCAUGGCAAGUAGAAACUGACAAUACCAUCAAAUCAUUAUAUAAAGUUUCUUCUCAAAUGAAGGAACAGUUAUUAGAGGCAUCAGAAUUGCAAAGUGCGAUGUUGAAGAGUCAAAAAGAAGGAUUAAAAAUUCAAAACGAAAUUUUAGAUCAUGGUAAAGAACUUGGAAAUGUAUUAAAAUCUUCAUCUGAAACUGUAAAUGAUAUGGUUAUGGAAUUUAAAGAAUCAGCAAAAGAUCAGAAGGAAUUACUCUACGAGAUUUUUUCUUAUAUACGUACUUUUCAAAAUUGGAUUAUUGGAGAAGUAUCUUGGUUCCAAUCAAUUAUUUAUUAUACUAUCAGUUGUAUUCUCUGUGCAUUGUUUAGUUCAGCUAGAAGAACUGCAGAUGCGCGUGUUGCACUUUUUACAAUUCUAAGUUUAAACAUUACAAUAGAAAGAAUGUUAGUUCAAUAUUAUGAUAACACUGUGCAUCAUUCUACACAUGACAAGGUAGAAAUAAUAUAUGUGACUUGGUCAAUAAGAAAAAUAUGUUUAACAUUAUGUGCAGUUACGUUACUGUAUACAUAUUACUGUUAUAAAGACAAGCAAUUAGAAAGUUUUCAUGCUCUUAGACGAAUAGAAAAUCGAUUAAAUAGAAUGCAAAUAAUUACACCUACUAAUGGUAAUCAGGCCUAUAAUAAGCCUAUUCGUCAUUCUGAAAGAUUAGCUAUUAAACGUUUACAUGCAGCUUCUGUGAAAGAGCAUGAUUCAAAUUGUUUUACAUUAAAUAAAUAAAUUGAUUUAUAUAU